AUGGAGUCAGCAGUGGGUGCCGGUAGACCGGACGGACCAGGCGGUCCGACAGCCCGAUUUGGAUGUGCCUCGUUCAAUCAGGACUCGACGUCCUUGGCUGUGGGAACAAAGACUGGGUACAAGCUGUUUUCUCUGACCACAGUGGAUAAGCUAGACUGCAUUCAUGAGAGUGCGGAGAUGUCCGAUAUCUGCAUCGUGGAGCGUCUCUUCUCUAGCAGUCUGGUUGUCAUUGUUAGAACCACCACAUCGCAAUGCAUGAACAUCUACCACUUCAAGAAGGGUACAGAGAUCUGCAGCUACAACUACCCCAACAAAAUCCUCGCCGUCAAGCUCAACAGACACAGACUUGUUGUGUGCCUUGAGGAAUCCAUUUAUAUUCAUAACAUCAAAGACAUGAAGCUGCUCAAGACUUUGCUCAACAUUCCGUCCAACCCUUCAGGUCUGUGUGCUUUAUCUACCAAUCAUUCAAGCAACUCCUACAUUGCAUAUCCUGGCAGCGCUACAAUGGGAGAGACUGUAGUUUAUGAUGCCAACAACAUGAGUACAGUGACAAUGGUCCCAGCGCACGACAGUCCUCUGGCAGCUCUUUGCUUCAAUGCCUCAGCAACUAAACUUGCCAGCGCAUCAGAGCGGGGCACUGUAAUCCGAGUGUUUUCCAUUCCUGAAGGUUUACGUCUGUUUGAGUUCCGUCGUGGCAUGAAGAGGUACGUCAACAUAAGCUCUUUGUCCUUCAGCCCAGAUGCCCAGUUCCUCUGUGCUUCCAGCAACACAGAAACGGUACAUAUCUUUAAGCUGGAGCAAGUUGGACAAAGUGGUGAGGAGAGUGCCACUUGGUCAGCCUAUGUGGGAAAGAUGUUCACAGCAGCCAGCAGCUACCUACCUGCUCAGGUGUCUGGUAUGAUCAGCCAGGACCGCGCCUUUGCCACGGUUCAUCUUGUCACGUCAGGCCAGAGGAACGUCUGUACGCUGGCCACGAUCCAGAAGCUUCCACGUUUGCUUGCCGCCACUGCCGAUGGACACCUUUUCAUCUACAAUGUGAAUCCACAAGACGGAGGAGAGUGCAUAUUGGCGCACAGUCACAGACUUUUUAGUAAUGACCUGGAUGAGGGUGAUCAAGUGACACAGGGAUCGAACAUUACAAUGCCAGCACAGGCAUGUCCGUCUUAUGCUGCAACUGUUGCUUUACCAGCUUCUGGUCCUAUCACAGCAACUCUUACUGGCUACUCCGAAGAUGGUGGUGCAAAGAACGGGGAAGUAAUCCCAGAACACGAGUUUGCCGCUGGACCCGUGUGUUUGGAUGAUGAGAACGAGUUUCCUCCUAUCAACUGGUGCCGUGAUGAGACUGGAGCUGGCCAAGGGGGGCGCUUGUGGCUGGAGUUGGCGCCUACCUUAGGCGGCUUGUCGCACACCAUGGUCGCCAGCGCUAUCGUCUGCUUGGGGAGCACCCCGCUCCAACCUGCGACCCUGGCGACGAGCACUCCUGCCUGGGCCUCAGCAGGGGAACAACAAGCCGAAACGUGCUCACCACCGGGGGCUGCCCGAUCGGCGAAGGCUAUCAUCCCCUCCGCCGUGUGUGACAUGAGUCAGGGCAUAUUGGGAGGUUUUCCCUUCCAGCUGGCGCCUGAAUUAUCAGAGAUAACGGAGCUCAGGAAAAAUGCGUCCUUCGCCUUCGAGUGUCUGUGA